UUAUUACUCCGCGAAACCACCUGUCCCGACCAUCACAACUCUAGCCACAAACACGGCUUUAAUGUCACGCACAGCGGAGGGCGUGAAAGGGAUACAAUCACAGCUGGGUUCGAGUCGUGUAGUUCUAUAGAUGAAAAGCAUGCGGGAAAUGGGUGCAGUCAUCGACACAAAAGACCCCUGGCUGUUCGCCGUCACCCCCAUCUUCCUUUAACACGGGCCCCCCUCCUCCCGCUGACCGAGAUGCAUUGUGGGGGAAGUCGGUGCCAUUCGACCUCUGCGGGGCCUGCGCGGACGCAGGCAGAACCCUCAAACUCAUUAUGCCUUUAAAACCCCUAUUUAUUUCCGCAUAACCUACAUACUCUCACCAGGAGGCUGGAGCGCAGAAAAACGGCUCUUUUCAUGCGGAACACUUUAUUUAAGAGAGUCGCGAUCGGAUUUUUGUUUUGUUGAGAAAGUGUAGAUUGUCAUUUAUUUGAAGAAAAUGUCCGGAGAGCGAAACCGCAGGUCGCUGGCUUUCCGAGGAGGUGGAUUAGCCGUCACCGGUGCCAGCGCCGUCGGAGGCAACAGCUGUGAGGCCCCGGCCUGUCAAGACCGACAUCUGAACGGGAACAGACCGGAUCAAGCGGACGACGGUGAUCCGGGGGCGAAAGGACCAUCGCUGGGGAAAGUCGAGGGCGGGGAGUCCGUGAGCGACAGCACGGAGCCGGAGGCAGAGGAGGACGAGGACCCGGAAGGGGGCAGUUGGACAGCGGGGAAAGAUGGCGGUGACAGAGGCGUAUUAAACAGCAUAAUGGUGAAAACUGAGAGCUGUAAGUGGGCGACCGGCAACGGCGUGAACCGCGAGGACUGUAGCGCGGAGGAAGCGGCCGCUAGGAAGCCGCUGCUGGAGAUGAGACCUCAGACGCUGCUGCUCCAGAAACACUCGCUCUUCCAAGCCUCCUGGCUGCAGGAGUUUCCCUGGCUCAAAUUCAGCCAGGAGACAGGGCUGAUGUCUUGCUCCUGGUGCCAUAACAUCGCCACCAACAACAGCGACGAGCUGGUGAAAGGCAGCCGGAAUUACAAGCGGGCCUUGCUGCUGAGGCAUCACCUGUCCUCGGAGCACGGCAGGAAUGACCCGACCAGACAGGAGAUGGAAAGGCCAGAGGAUGCGGAGAGCCUGGAGGUGGAGGACUAUAGAAACAAGCCCAAUGAGAACUCCUACUGCUACCAGCUGCUACAGGAGCUGGACAAACAGCGCAAGAGUGGUAUCCUCUGCGACGUCAACAUCCUAGUGGGCGACCAGGUGUUCAAGGCGCACAAAAACAUCCUCGUUGCUGGGAGCCGCUACUUCAAGACCCUCUACUGCCUGACGAAGAGUGAGAACUGCGACCAAACUACCAUCACGCACUUGGAUGUGGCGGCUGUACAGGGCUUCUCCGUCAUCCUGGACUUCCUGUACUCCGGCAACCUCUUGCUCACCAGCCAGAAUGCCAUCGAGGUGAUGUCCGUGGCAAGUUACCUCCAGAUGACCGAAGUGGUCCAGUCCUGUCGCGCCUUCAUCAAAGAUGCUCUUAACAUCAGCAUCAAGCAGGAAGCCCCUGAUUCUGUGGUGGUUGACUACAACAAGCGGCGGACGGUGGCGAAAGAUUGCCAGAGUGCCGACAAGAAGCCCAGCAACUUCUGGGCCACCAGCAUCCUGUCCAAGCUGUCCAUCAAGGCCAGUGGGCAAGUGAAGGAUGAACCCAGCGACGUGGAGGUGUCCGGGGGAGAAGGCUGUGCUUUGGGAAGUUCCGGUUGGGGAGGAGAGAACUCGUCAGAGUCUACGGAGACGGAGCCACAGGGUCCGGGGCCGGUGUUCGUCUGGAACGAGCCGCACCCUGGCACUGGGGUUGCUGUCAAGAGAGAGGUGCAUCCUGAGCCGGGCAGCGGAAGGGUUAAAAAACAGGCUGCCAAGCGCUUUGUGUACAAUAUCCCACCUGAGCCGGAAGAGGGUUUUGACGAGGGCAUGUUCAUCCAACCAUCUGCCUCCUACACCAGAGAGGACUUCUCUUACCUCUCAGAGAAUGCCGGCGAAGCACCCGAAAACACCCUCAAUAAGCUGAAGUGUCCCCACUGUAACUACAUUGCCAAGCACCGACGAACACUAAAGAGACACCUGAUCAUCCACUCGGGCGUGCGUUCCUUCAGCUGCGACAUCUGCGGGAAGCUGUUCACUCGCCGAGAACACGUCAAGAGACAUUCCCUGGUUCACAAAAAGGAUAAGAAAUACAAGUGUAUGGUAUGCAAGAAGAUCUUCAUGUUGGCGGCCAGUGUGGGCAUACGGCACGGCUCUCGGCGAUACGGUGUGUGCAUGGAGUGCGCCGACUCCCACCAGGGCACGCAGGACCUGGAAUUCGCCCGCGACGAAGACUUUGAUGAGGCCGGAGAGGGAGACGAGGACAUGGAGGCCGAAGGGGAGGAGCCUAAUGAGAUUGACCAAUCCAACUGCGAGGGUGAUGCGGAUGCCACCCCCGAGAAGGACUAAUUAAGACAAAACCUGGUAGAGAAACGAAUCAAAAUGCAAAGAAAAAAAAAUAGCUGGGUAACAAUCAACAAUUCCAAAGUGCUAUCAAACCUCUUUGUUGCACGUGAAGUUAUGACAAAGAUAUAUGUAGAUUUGUUAGAGAGGGACUCCAAUAUUUAAAGAUUGUUCUGUGUGUCAGAGUCUGGGCUGUGUGCCUGUCAGAGAAAGAGGUAUAAUGAUAUAUAACAAAAAAAUCAGGUUUUUCUGUGAUGUAUUUUUUUUCUUUUGUAGGGGAUGAGGGUGUACAGCGUUUCUGAGUUAUAAUAGGCCAAUCAUAUUAAAAGAAAUAAUAAUUAUUUAAUUUAUGAAGAAAGAUAUUAUGGUCUACUGAAAAUUAUAGAAUUCGUUUUUUUUUUUUUUUUUAAUGUACGUCUACUUAUUUUCAGUUCAUAACUGCGCUUCCUGACAGAUCUGAUCGUAUAUUGCUCAGAGGAGGAGCUCGACAAAGAAAGAGCAUUAUAGAAAUUCCGCCUACAGGAAGAGUUUUUUUGUGUGUGUUUCCUUUCUAGUUAAAUGUUGUCAUGAAAUUAUAUAUUUUCCUUUUCCCUGCACAAGUCUUGGAACCAAAAAUCUGUUUUGUGACUCUAAUUGACCACAGCCAUAUUUAUGAUUAAGUUAUAUGGGGCUGUUAGAUCGUGCCAAGCAGAACGCACACCGAGAUUUUUUGCAGGACACAAACUACUGAAAAUGCUGAGAAAUCACAAAGCAGAGAAAUAUAAGAAGGAAAGAAAGAAAGAAAAAAAUGAUAAAAUAUAAGGGGAAUAUAUUAUUGCUAGCUUUAUUUGAAUCACAGCAUCACAGUAACACUUUAUAAAGCAUUUUGACAUUCACUUAAAGCUUGAAUUUUGCCAAAUGAUAGAAACGUUUGGUGCUGUAAUGCUUUUAUUUUGAUUAUUAUUUUUAAAUACUGGACCUACAAGCUGUAUAUGAUGUUAAUAAUCGUAAAGCCUACUCAACUCAGUUAUACUAAU